CUUCCACUCUCACUCUCUCAAUAACCGAAAGUUUUUUUUGUUAUACUCUCCAACAUGAAAAUAGAUGAUUCCUUCAAGAAGCCCGGAUCCGUUCCAUUCAAAUGGGAGAUCCGACCCGGAGUCCCCAAGCUCCAAGCACAAUCGGGUCGUCGCCAGCUUGAAUCCGGAUCUGAAAAGCAGCAUCAAAGGAAGCAAAAGCAGCACCCGUUACCAGAAACACCAAGAAAACUCAAACCGCCACCAGCCGGGUUAUACCUCCAGCCUCCGAUGGAUCCCCAAACCCGCACCCGCUCACUCCGAUCAUCACCACAUUCAUUAUCGGAUCGCUUCGGCCAUUCGGGUCGUGCCCGACCCGACGUUGUUUCCUCGGCCGGGUGCUUCCCGUCUCCUCUUGGAAAGUUGAAGAAUGUGAAGGGAGCUAGGAACCCGAGAUCCAUAUCCGAACCUGAAUACUAUUCGGAUCUUGAGACCUCGUCGCGGUGGUCCGUUUCGAGCAGGAAAUCGGUCUCUCCGUUGUCUCCUUCCAUCCCCUCCCACCGGUGGUCGCCCCGACCCGUUUCCAAUGCUGAAUGGGCAGGGUUCGGGUUAUUUUAGAAUCAUAUUGAUCAUCAAUAAUAAUAGAAGCCCUAUCUUUUGCUCCAUAUGUUUUAAACAUCCAUGCAAUCACACAAACUUAUAUAUUAACGUGUGUGAAAUGGGGAGCAAAUUUUACUCUCUAAAUAAUCAGUAAAUAUUACAUUCCUUCUGGAAUUAUUUGCUAGCA